CCACUAUUUCUAUGGCAACAGAAAUCAACAGGCCCACUUGCGCUUUGGGUCCCGGCCUGCACCUCGGCGGCGGGGUCUCCCGCCCAUUCCCCACGUUCAGUCGUGUCGUCAGCGGGCUCAGUGAGGGGAGCUGGCUGGCGCGGGCCGCCGGGAGACUGAGGGCGCCUCAGGCGUCAGCCGCGUCUCCGCUCCGGACCCUCGGCUGUGAGCGACCCCGGGGCUUGAGAGGGUCCCCGCUGGCUAGGCCUGAGGCAACAUGAGCGUGGCGGAGGUGGAGGAGCUCGUCUCCCAGAAAUACGAGAUCAAGAAGCGCCUGGGCAAGGGGGCCUAUGGAAUUGUGUGGAAAGCAAUUGAUCGCAGGACAGGAGAAAUAGUUGCUGUCAAGAAGAUCUUUGAUGCUUUUAGGAACAGAACAGAUGCUCAGAGAACGUUCCGGGAAAUUAUGCUCCUGCAGGAAUUUGGAGAACAUCCAAAUAUCAUCAAACUGCUUAAUGUCAUCCGAGCUCAGAAUGACAGGGAUAUUUACCUGGUUUUCGAAUCUAUGGAUUUACAUGCUGUGAUCAAGAAGGGGAAUUUGCUGAAAGACAUCCACAAGUGUUACAUCCUCUACCAACUCCUGAAGGCAACCAAAUUCAUCCACUCAGGGAAUGUCAUUCACAGAGACCAGAAGCCCUCAAAUAUCCUGCUGGAUGCAGACUGCUUUGUUAAGCUUUGUGAUUUUGGACUGGCUCGCUCCCUUUGUCAGAUCCAUGAGGACCAAGGCAGCCCUGCACUGACAGAGUAUGUGGCAACACGCUGGUACAGAGCCCCUGAGAUCCUGCUUUCCUCUCAUAGCUACACAAAGGGUGUGGACAUGUGGAGUAUUGGCUGUAUUCUGGGGGAGAUGUUGCUUGGAAAACCUCUUUUUCCUGGAACAUCCACAGUGAAUCAGAUAGAGCAGAUCUUGAGUGUCAUUCCUGCCCCAUCCCAGGAAGAUAUUUUAGCUAUCCAUUCGGACUACAGAGCCUCUGUUAUUAACCGCAUAAGUUCCAGACGGCGAGUGACAAUUGAGGAAAUUUUGCCCUCCUCUAUCCCCCCUCAUGCCUUGGACCUUCUAAAGAGGCUCUUAGUAUUUAACCCUGACAAACGGCUGACUGCAGAAGAGGCCCUGCAACAUCCCUAUGUGAAAAGGUUCCACUGCCCCGCCAAGGAGCCCUCUCUGGACUACGAUGUGAUUCUUCCUUUAGAUGACGAUAUCCAGUUGUCUGUGGCAGAAUAUCGUAAUAAACUGUAUGAGGUUAAUAAAACACCCCAAAAAUCAGUAAUUACCGAAGUCUGGAGCAGUCUUUGAGUGGUACAACGACAGCCGUCCAAUGGCCCAUCUUUCAGCUGCCAUUGGGGAUCCUAAG